GGAUUUGCAGCCUGUACAUUUUUGAUGGACAGCAUUGUCACCAGGCUGACAAAGUAUGAAGAACGUUUUUUGCCGCGAAUCGGAACAUUGCUAGACCCAAGAUUCAAAAAACAAGGCUUCCGUUCUCCUUUUAACGUUGUACAGGCCGAAAAGUUUUUGGAAAAUGAGGUCACCGUCAUUAACAACUCUUGUGAUUCCGUACCCCAUGCAGCAGAGCCACCACCACCUUCUCAAAACCGCCAAACCCUAUUCACAUUUCUUCAAAAAAAUAUUAGUGAAUUACCAACCUCGAAAAGAGCAGAUGCGAUUAUCGAUCUCAGACAGUACUUUAAUUUAAAGCACUGUGAAGAAAAUGUAGAUCCCCUAGAAUCCUGGAAGCAUAAUGAAUCUAAUUUAAAAAAAUUAUUGCCGAAAUUUCUCUGUGUUCCUGCAACCUCGACUGAGUCGGAACGUAUGUUCAGCAAGGCUGGACUCGUGAUAAAUAACCGCAGAGCUUCGCUUAAGGCGAAUAAUGUGGACAUUUUGUUAUUUUUGCAGAAAAAUUCCUGGAUACAAUAAUUUUUUUGGUUUUUAAUUUAAUAUCAAAAAUGACCUGAAUUUUUUAUGAUCUCUGUUGAAGUUACCUUAUAAUUGAUGUUAAUGAUAAGAUGGAAUAAUUUUGAUCUUUUUUUCUCUUUUUUAUUAUGU